AUGGCGUCUUCAGCCCGUACCCCAAGGUCACCCAGGAGGCGUAUGGAGAGCGGGGCAAUCAUAAAAAAUACCCCACGACCCUCGAACCCGCGCUCAACCCGGCCGAAGAAACGAAGCAUAGUUCGUUGGAGUGACACACUCAACAACAAACUCCUCCUCUCAAUCCAAAGCGCCUGCAACUCCCUGGCCAUCAAACUACCCUGGCAAGAAAUCGCCGGUUUGAUGGGUGGAAGCAUCUCCGACUCCGCCAUCGUGCAACAUCUCACCAAACUCCGCGCGAGGAUGGAAGAGAGCGGCGCUAGCGUUCCGCCACCGUUGAAGCGUGGAGUUGGCUUUUCCAGGACCGGUCGCGGUACCAGCGAUGGGACAGCAUCCGCAACUGCAACCGCCAGCUGUUCCAGCAGGUUAAAGGGAGGCAGAGGCACUACACCAAGCAGCACGAAGGUAAAGGUGGAAGUCGAGGAGAAUGAGGAAUGGAGUGAUGAUUCCUCGGACGACGAGAGAGAGGAUGAUGAUCGUGUGGGUGCAUCCAGUUUCAAACGCAAUGAUAUUGAUGAAUAUAACCGCAGCGAUCAUGACAACGGUCAAUAUGUCUCUGCGGGCGCUAGCUUUCUUCAUUUCCCCGUCGACACCGGCUUGGCAAGUUAUUAUAGUAGCCGAAAAGCGAAGAGUCACACAACGUUAUCUGCAUCUGCGUCCGUGUCUGCAUGUAGUGGAACCUCGCCACGCUUGAGGUCGAAGAUUGUGAAGGUUGGGAUGCGUGGUGCAACGGGUCAGGGCAUUGGAGGGAAUCGCGGUGGUCUCGGGGGUGGGGCUACUAAAAAUACCACUGUCGAUGUUCUUGGGCAGAAGUUCUCCGGUCAUAAUAUCAGCUCUGCGUCGAGCCAGACAGUGUAUAGUCCCGAUUUCAGCGCGGAUUUGCAGGUGGAUGCGGGUGGCAAUUUGCAGCCUGUCAUCGGGGAAUCGACUGUGACUACAGGACAUCUGCCGCACCAGUACCAGGAUGGCUGGACUGAGUCCGCGCGCGGCGCUCAGCAUUCACCAGCGGUGGACGGAUUGCGACAGGGAGGCCAAGGUAGAUAUGGCAAUCACAACACCAACCCUGGUGCUGGAUACCAGCAGCAUACUAGUCAUUUCAAUAUGGCUUCCAACACAGGAAUUCCGCAUCACGGCACUAACACCAACCCAUUCCUUCCAUCAGGAGGAUAUCAGGAGACCGGGAACCGUUUCCAGAACAGCGACAUGCCCCCACCACCCGCACCACAGCACAAUUCCCCCAUCUCCCCACGAGACCCCCAUCUCUACGUGGACGGAAUGGGUAUGGGUGCAUUAGAAAACAUCGCGGGUGGAUUGUGGCAUAAUAAUGCCCACCCCCACGCCUGCAGACCAUCCCCAAAAAACCCCACCUGCCACACAGACCCAUUCGUGCGGCGCGGAACCAGCAGCGCCAGCAUUAUCACCAGCACCACAACUGCGGACACAGGCACAGAAGCAGACACGAUAACCCCAGCGAUACUAGACCAACUCCCCUCGAUGCAGGAGCUGGAUAGCUUCGGUGGUUCAUUGGCUGAUGCACUCCUCGAUGAUAUGGAUGAUAUGUUUGCUCCCUUGCGGGAGGCAUGGGUUGAUGGAUCAUGGUGA